CCGGAAGUUGGAGAGCGCCACAUCCGGGAUGCUCUUCUGAUUGCUCUUGGCCCUGCGCUGAGGAACCCGGGCAGCCAUGGUCUCAGACGAAGAUGAGUUGAAUCUUCUAGUUAUCAUCGUUGAUACCAAUCCAAUUUGGUGGGGAAAGCAAGCAUUAAAGCAAUCUCAGUUUACUUUAUCAAAAUGCAUAGAUGCAGUGAUGGUGCUGGGAAAUUCUCACUUAUUCAUGAAUCGUUCCAACAAACUCGCUGUGAUAGCAAGUCACAUUCAAGAAAGUCGAUUCUUAUAUCCUGGAAAGAAUGGCAGACUUGGAGACCUCUUUGGGGACCCUGGCAACCCUUCUGAAUUUAAUCCCUCCGGAAGUAAAGACGGAAAAUAUGAGUUGUUAACGGCAGCAAAUGAAGUCAUUGUUGAAGAGAUUAAAGAUCUCAUGACCAAGAGUGACAUAAAGGGUCAACAUACAGAAACUCUGCUGGCAGGAUCCCUGGCCAAAGCUCUUUGCUACAUUCAUAGAAUGAACAAGGAGGUUAAAGAUAAUCAGGAAAUGAAGUCAAGGAUUUUGGUGAUCAAGGCCGCAGAAGACAGUGCACUGCAGUACAUGAACUUCAUGAAUGUCAUCUUCGCAGCACAGAAACAGAAUAUUUUGAUCGAUGCCUGUGUUUUAGACUCUGAUUCAGGACUCCUCCAGCAGGCUUGUGACAUCACAGGGGGACUGUACUUGAAGGUACCUCAGAUACCCUCCCUUCUGCAGUAUUUGCUGUGGGUUUUUCUUCCUGAUCAAGAUCAAAGAUCUCAGUUAAUCCUCCCACCCCCAAUUCAUGUCGACUACCGAGCUGCUUGCUUCUGUCACCGCAAUCUUAUUGAAAUUGGCUAUGUCUGUUCUGUGUGCUUGUCAAUAUUCUGCAAUUUCAGCCCUAUCUGCACUACUUGCGAGACCGCCUUUAAGAUUUCUCUCCCUCCUGUGCUGAAGGCCAAGAAAAAGAAACUGAAAGUGUCUGCAUGAUGAUACAUACAAUUUUGUGCUCAUCUUUUAGAACUAUUUAUAGAAAUUGUAUGGUGAAGUCUUUAUUAGGAAGACUCUGAAAAAAAUACAGAUAUGGAUCAGAUAAUUUUUAAUGAAGUUUCUUCCAAAAUAUAUUUCUUAAAAAAAAUCACAUCAUCCUGUACUUCUGGGGAACUGAUUUACAUGAGAGAAUCGUUCAAUGCAAUAUACAUACUCUAUAAUGUUUUUUGACUAAUUUUUGUCCAGAAAGGGGGAAGAUAGUACAUAUUUCUGAUACUUUUCUUUAUUUUUAUUUUUUUUUAAUGGGAGGAUCUUUUGUCAAAGUCAGUCUGUCCUGACUGAUUCUAGGCUUUAGAAUCUGU